GUUAAAAAAAACGACAGUUCGUGCCAACGACGUUGCUUAAAAGUUAAACCACCACCAACUGCAAGUCUGCAACUGCUGGUCAUGGUCAUGGUCAUCGUCAUCGCAUGUGUCGGUCGGGAUGGCAUGCCCUCACAUACGCGUUGAUGGGCGCCGAUGACUUUCUCCGACCCAAAUUAGUCUCAUCAACUUUUAAUUGUCUUCUUGCUUAAUUCAGCCGGUGAAUUUUGUCCAAAUUGACCAUUCGUCUUUGGGGAGGUUGGCGGUAGCAGCUAGGUUAUGUCGGCGUUGCAAACCCUAGGCGGAGGAUCCCGCUGCGGAUGGGUGCUGGGUCCUUCACUGGACAAGGUGAUCAAGAAUGUAGCCUGGAGGAAACAUUCUCAUCUCGUGUCCGCCUGUAAAUCUGCUCUGGACAAGCUCGUUUCAUUGUCCGAUGAUGCUUCCGAUCCCGCCUCCUGUUCCCCACUGUAUGGCCUAUCUAUUUCCGACGCCGAGUUCCUGCUUCAACCUAUCAUCCUGGCUCUUGAAUCUGGCUCUCCUAAAGUUCUCGAGCCUGCCCUAGAUUGUGCCUUCCGACUCUUCUCCUUCGGCCUCAUCCGUGGCUGUGAAAUUAAGGACAGUUCCUCUGUUAUUUACCGCUUGAUUGACUCGGUCUGCAAAUGUGCUGACCUUCGUGAGGAAGCAGUUGAACUUGCCGUGCUCAAGGUCCUGCUGGCUGCUGUUCGGUCUCCUUGCAUCUACAUUCGGGGUGAUUGCCUUAUAUAUAUAGUCAAGUCCUGUUACAAUGUAUACCUGGGUGGCCGCAGUGGUACCAAUCAGAUAUGUGCUAAGUCUGUUCUUGCGCAGAUGAUGGUGAUUGUUUUCACCAGAGUGGAGGAAAAUUCCAUGUUUGUUGAAUUCAAGAAUGUUUCUGUUUCUGAGUUGCUGGAGUUUGUUGAUAGGAAUAUUAAUGAAGGAAGUUCUAUACAGUUCGCUCAAAGCUUCAUCCAAGAAGUUGUUGAGGCAAAGGAUUGUCCCAUGGACCUGAGAAGUAGUUACAAACCUUCCCAACAAAAUGAUGAUGAAGUAUGUGUCAAAUCUGCUGAUGACUCAACUGAUUCGAGUGGCUGCAGUAAGAUUAGGGAGGACGGUUUUGUGCUCUUCAAGAAUUUAUGCAAGUUAUCGAUGAAAUUUUCUUCACUAGAAAAUCCGGAUGACCAGAUCCUUUCCAGGGGGAAAAUUCUAUCCUUGGAGCUUUUGAAUGCUAUCAUGAACAAUGCAGGUCCAAUCUGGCUCACCAAUGAAAGGUUUCUAAAUUUGGUCAAGCAAUACCUAUGCUUGUCCUUGUUGAAGAACAGUGCGUUGUCUGUGAUGACUAUUUUUCAACUCCUUUGUUCAAUAUUUGGGAAUUUGAUAUCAAAGUUUAGGUCAGGACUGAAAUCGGAAAUUGGAAUUUUUUUCCCUAUGCUUAUUCUUCGUGUGCUGGAGAAUGUACUUCAACCUAGUUUCUUACAGAAGAUGACUGUUUUGAGCUUACUGGAGAAAAUUUCUCAGGACUCUCAUAUCAUUAUUGAUAUUUUUGUGAACUAUGACUGUGAUGUGGAGGCUCCGAACAUAUUUGAAAGGACUGUCAAUGGUCUUCUGAAAACAGCACUUGGUCCACCACCUGGUUCUGUAUCCUCUUUGUCUCCCGCCCAAGAUAUGACAUUUCGAUAUGAAUCAGUGAAGUGUCUAGUCAGAAUUAUUAAGUCUAUGGGAUCAUGGAUGGACCAGCAGCUGAAACCUGGAGACUUAAAUCAACCAGCACUUGAUGAUAAUGAUAACUCUAUGGAGAAUCCAACUUAUGCCGUUGAUGAUCUGAACAGUGCAGAUCAUGAGCUACACUCAGAUGCGAAUUCUGUUUCUGAAGCUGCAACGCUGGAGCAGCGCCGAGCUUAUAAAUUGGAAAUUCAGAAAGGUGUUCAGUUGUUUAAUCGAAAACCAUCCAAAGGAAUUGAGUUCUUAAUAAGCACCAACAAAGUUGGCAGCUCCCCUGAAGAAGUGGCCUACUUUCUCAAAAAUACUUCUGGCCUGAAUGAGAGUAUGAUUGGUGAUUAUUUUGGUGAAAGAGAUGAAUUUCCUAUGAAGGUUAUGCAUGCAUAUGUGGAUUCUUUCAACUUUGAGAAAAUGGGAUUUGGUGAAGCAAUCAGAUUCUUUUUAAGAGGUUUCAGGUUACCAGGAGAAGCCCAAAAAAUUGACCGUAUCAUGGAAAAAUUUGCUGAACGCUAUUGUAAAUGUAACCCAAGCUCAUUCACCAGUGCAGAUACAGCUUAUGUCCUUGCUUAUUCGGUGAUCAUGCUGAACACUGAUGCCCAUAAUAGCAUGGUUAAGGAAAAGAUGACCAAGUCCGAUUUCAUCCGGAAUAACCGAGGUAUUGAUGAUGGGAAGGAUCUACCUGAAGAUUAUUUGGGUGCAUUGUAUGAUCAUAUUGUGAAAAAUGAGAUUAAAAUGAGAGAUGAGUCAUGUGUUCCCCAAAGCAAACAAGGAAACAGCCUGAAUAAAUUGUUGGGUUUGGAUGGCAUACUCAAUCUGGUUUGGAAGCAGACAGAAGAAAAACCGUUAGGGACAAAUGGAUAUCUGAUAAGGAAUAUCCAAGAGCAGUUUAAAGCAAAGUCUUCCAAAUCAGAGACUGUUUAUUAUGCUAUAGCAGAUCCUGCAAUAUUAAGAUUCAUGGUUGAAGUUUGCUGGGGUCCAAUGCUUGCUGCAUUUAGCGUAACAUUGGAUCAGAGUGAUGACAGGGAUGCUACUUCUCAGUGCUUACAGGGAUUUCGACAUGCUGUACAUAUUACUGCUGUGAUGGGUAUGCAGACCCAGAGAGAUGCUUUUGUAACUACUAUGGCCAAGUUUACAUACCUCCAUUGUGCUGCUGACAUGAAGCAAAAAAAUGUAGAUGCUGUUAAGGCCAUCAUUUCAGUUGCUAUUGAAGAUGGGAAUUACCUUCAAGAAGCAUGGGAACAUAUUUUGACAUGCUUAUCUCGAUUUGAACAUUUACAGCUCCUUGGGGAGGGAGCACCCCCUGAUGCAUCCUUUCUUAGCACAUCUAAUUCUGAUUCUGAGGAGAAGGCAACCACACCUGCAAAUUAUCCAUCUUACAAGAAAAAGGGAACACUCCAGAAUCCAGCUGUUAUGGCAGUUGUUCGAGGAGGCUCUUAUGAUAGCACAUCAGUUGGAGUCAAUGCACCUGGUCUUGUUACACCAGAGCAGAUUAAUAACUUUAUUUCAAACUUAUAUUUGCUUGAUCAGAUUGGGAAUUUUGAAUUGAACCAUAUUUUUGCCCAUAGCCAAAGGCUAAACAGUGAGGCAAUAGUGGCUUUUGUAAAGGCGCUUUGCAAAGUCUCCAUGCUAGAAUUGCAGUCUCCAACUGAUCCACGCGUUUUUAGCCUUACAAAAAUCGUGGAAGUUGCGCACUACAACAUGAAUCGCAUAAGACUGGUGUGGUCUCGAAUAUGGAGUGUCCUUUCAGAAUUUUUUGUUGCAGUUGGUUUAUCUGAGAAUCUCUCUGUUGCAAUAUUUGUGAUGGACUCACUGCGGCAGCUUGCUAUGAAGUUCUUAGAGCGAGAAGAGCUGGCAAACUAUAAUUUUCAAAAUGAAUUUUUGAGACCUUUUGCGGUUGUUAUGCAGAAAAGCUGUUCUGCCGAGAUCAGAGAGCUAAUUGUACGUUGUAUAUCGCAGAUGGUCCUUAGCCGCGUCAGUAAUAUAAAAUCUGGAUGGAAGAGUGUUUUCAUGGUUUUCACUGCAGCUGCAGCCGACGAAAGAAAGAGCAUAGUGUUGCUUGCCUUUGAAACAAUGGAGAAAAUUGUGCGGGAAUAUUUCCCAUACAUAACUGAAACGGAAGCAUUGACUUUUACUGAUUGUGUCAAGUGUUUAAUCACCUUCACAAGUAGUAGAUUCAACAGCGACGUUAGCCUCAAUGCUAUUGCCUUUCUUCGGUUUUGUGCUUUCAAACUUGCAGAUGGUGGACUUGUUUGCAAUGAUAAAAGAAUGGGGGAUGAUCCCAUGGUGAAGGACAAUGCUCUGGAUGGUGAAGCAUGCUUAGAUAGGGACGACCAUUCAUAUUUCUGGGCGCCUUUGCUUUCAGGGUUAUCAAACUUGACAUCAGAUCCUAGGCCAGCAAUCAGAAAGAGUGCUCUUGAAGUUCUCUUCAAUAUUUUGAAAGACCAUGGCCAUCUUUUUUCACAGCCAUUCUGGGCCAGUGUAUUCAAUUAUGCAAUAUUUCCUAUAUUCCGUUUCAGUCUAGAUGGUAAAGAGCCUCAUAAGGAGGAUUAUUCACCAACGUUUGGACCCUCACAUGAUGCAAGCAUAUGGGACUCUGGAACUUCUAUAGUGGCUGCAGAAUGUCUGGUUGAUUUGUUUGUUCAUUUCUUUGAUUUAGUAAGGCCUCAACUACAUGGAGUAGUAUCCAUAUUUGUGGGGUUCAUGAGGAGUCCAAGUCAAGGUCCCUCAACUGCAGGUGUGGCUGCUUUGAUGCGUUUAGCAGCUGAUUUGAGAAGCAAACUUUUGGAAGAAGAAUGGCAAGAUAUCUUUCAUUGUUUGAAAGUGGCUGUAGAUUCUACAUGGCCUGGUUUUAUCAAUCUUCUGAAAACCAUUGACAGCAUUGAAGUCCCUGAUAUUGCAUUACCCAGUAAUGAAAUAGAAUAUUCUUCUGGCGAUGGAGUAACUAAUUAUGGCUUGGAUGAUGAUCACUUGCAAGCUGUGGGGUAUAUAAUUUCAAGAAUGAAAGUCCAAAUUGCUGCACAGUUACUCAUUAUACAGGUUGUAACAGAUCUUUACAAGAUGCAUCAGCUGUCCUCCGUAGGCAUUACCACCAUCCUUCUCGAAAUUUAUUCAGCAGUUUCUUCUCAUUCGCACGAGUUGAACGGUCAAAUUAUGUUGAUGCAUAAGUUAGAGAAGAUAUGCUCUAUCAUGGAGAUCUCCCAUCCUCCCCUGGUUCAUUUUGAAAAUGAGUCGUGCAAAAGCUACUUAAAUUUUUUGCAUGAGAUACUCACCAAGAAUUCAUCUUUGUCAGAGGAGAGAAAUGUCGAAGCAGAGCUUGUAUCUGUAUGCAAGAAAGUGUUGCAAAUAUACCUUGAUUGUAGCAGACCCGGAAAUGCCUUCCCGGAAGUCAUUAACAAGCCUUCAACACACUGUUUUCUUCCAUUGGGGUCAGCCAAGAAGGAGGAAUUGGCUGCUCGCACCCCUUCAGUUCUCUUGGUGAUGCAGAUUUUGGGCAGUCAAGACCGAGCUUUUUUCAGGCAGUAUCUUUCGCAGUUAUUUCCACUAUUUGUGGAUCUCGUUAGAAGUGAGCAUAGUUCCCUGGAAGUUCAAGUUGUUUUGAGCAACAUAUUCCGGUCAUGUGUAGGAUCGAUUAUAGUGAAAUGAGGUUUUUUUGUAAUGUAGACUAUACACCUUUUAUUUCUUCGUGGCUACUGGGUGUCUUUGGAUUCCUAUAAGCCGGGAAAUCGAAUCGAAUUUGUGGAACACCGGGUGUAAGUUUGGUGCACUGUUCUUUCCAGACGAGCGAAACUCGGUUGUCGUCGUCUUCCUUGUCUGAAUGGACAUGAGACAUGUAUGGUGUCGGCAGCGGAGAGGAGUGUGGUGUAGACUGUCGGCCAGACGGAGUUAAAUACAUUCACACGGAGCUCUCGUCAUAUAUAUAUAUAUAUAUAUAUAUAUAUUGAUGGUGCUGCUGGCAAUUCACAUGGUACACAAUUGGAUUAUCCUUUUAAACUAAAAAUAACUUGUGUGACUUGCAUUGGACCAUCAUACAGCUAAAACCAUCUAAAUUAUACCCCCCAAUUCCUAAUAAUAAUAAUAUUGAUGAGGGUAAUCAUACGGUGGACCAUCUGCACCACUUGUUACAUAGGUGGUUGUGUUUAAUUGGACGUAUCUAUGAUAGUAUAUUAUUGAAUUGUGAAAAAACAACAAAAAUAUACUGCAAAUAUAAGAACGAAAAUUAAAAAAAGAAUAUAAUAGGCAGAAGUCGUCGUCCACGAAUGUGUUGGUUUUAUACUUUUUUACUGUAAGAUGAUAAAGAAUUGUGAAUAUGGUAGGGGAAUAAAUGUUUUAUGUGUGUUUUGUUGAUUUUUAUGUGUGUUUCUAAUUUUUCCGAACUUUAGUACUCUUCAAAAUCAAAAUCACGGUAGGAUGGAGAGUGAACUUGUGAUUCUUGCCACGCAUUGUUGUGACAAUAUCAUAUUAUAAAAAAUAAAUCAAAAUUAGGUAGGAUGGAGAGUGAACUUGUGAUCCUUGCCUCAUAUUACUGUGACAAUAUUAUAUUAUAAAAAAAAAUCAAAAUUAUGUAGUAGCUGUGAAUUUUCAUAUUAAAAAAAAAAUAAAACGGUAAGCAGAUUUGAACUCUUGGCCUCUACACUUUGGCCAUACCUUACGAAGUAACCGUGGAUAUAUUUACUUGUAGUACGUGGGCGGGGGAAAGGUGAGAAUGAGAAGGGAAUAGCGGUGGAGUAGCACAGUUGUUAAGCUGAAUAUAACAGGCUGUAAAGCAGCUGUGAUUGUGAACUCCAUCUACAUCCAUUCCCACCUCUCCCCUCUCUCUCUCUCUCUCUCUCUCUCUCUCUCUCUCUCUCUCUCUGUUUCCUUCUUCUUUCUUCUCUGUUCAGAGGCAAAA